CCUCGCAAUUCAAACAUGGAGAAAUUGCGAGAUGGGUAUUUAUUUCAAGAGAUUCGUAGAAGGGAGGAAGAACAUAGGAAGAAGUACCCAACGGCAAAUGUGAUAACCCUCGGAGUUGGGGAUACUACUCAGCCUAUUCCACAAAUCAUUACCUCUUCUAUGGUUCAGAAAGCUUGUGCUCUGUCAACGGAUGAAGGCUAUAGUGGUUAUGGACCUGAACAAGGCGAAAAGGCACUAAGACAGGCUAUAGCAGAUAAGUUAUACACACAUGUAGAAGUGAAAGGUGAUGAAGUUUUUGUGUCAGAUGGUGCACAAUGUGACAUUUCUCGCCUUCAGCUACUUAUGGGAUCUAAUUUAACGAUAGCUGUUCAAGACCCCUCAUUUCCGGCAUAUAUUGAUACAGGUGUGCUAAUAGGACAGACUGGUGAGUUCCAUGAAAAAACUAGGAAGUACAAGAACAUAGAGUACAUGAAAUGUGGACCUGAAAAUGAUUUCUUUCCGGACUUAUCAAUUACUCCAAGGACAGAUAUAAUUUUCUUAUGCUCACCAAAUAAUCCAACUGGUCAUGCGGCAACAAGGAAACAAUUACAACAACUUGUAGAGUUUGCAACAAAAAAUGGAUCAAUUAUUAUCUAUGACUCUGCCUAUACUGCUUAUAUCUCUGAUGAUAGCCCAAGAACUAUUUUUGAAAUUCCUGGAGCCAAAGAGGUUGCAAUUGAAGUGUCCACUUUUUCCAAAUUCGCGGGAUUUACCGGAGUUCGUCUUGGUUGGACAGUGAUUCCUAAGGAGCUGAAAUAUGCAAAUGGAUUUCCUAUCAUUAAUGAUUAUAAUCGCAUUGUUUGCACAUGCUUUAAUGGUGCAUCAAAUAUUGUUCAAGCCGGUGGACUAACAUGUCUUUCACAAGAAGGCUAUAUGGCCUUGUGCAGUGUGAUAGACAACUACAGAGAGAAUGCGAAAAUCUUGAUUGAUACACUGACUUCACUUGGAUUGAAGGUAUAUGGUGGCAAAAACGCACCUUAUGUUUGGGUGAAAUUCCCAGGUUCAUCAAGUUCUUGGGAUGUAUUUACUGAGAUACUUGAGAAAACCCACAUAGUUACGGUUCCAGGCGCUGGAUUUGGUCCCGGCGGUGAAGGGUUUAUUAGAAUAAGUGCUUUUGGUAAUAGAGAAGUUAUCCUUGAAGCCUCAAAGAGACUCAAAACUCUCUUUAAAUGA